CAUAAUCUGUUAACAUUGUUAAUAAUAGUGUUGCAAACACUAUAGAGAAUAAAAUAGACAAAGUAUCUUGUCUAUGAUUGACAGAUAAUAAAAAAAGAAAGACUGUGCUGACAAUGAAUUGUAAAUGUUGAUGAGUGCGGCAUUGAUUGAUUCUUAUGAAAGACAAGGAUGGGGCAACUAACGAUUGUUUAUAAAACAAGUCUACUUUUCAACAUGACUCAUCCUUUUCAAUAUCAAAAGAACAAAGGGAUCGACUGCGGAUAAUAGGUGUACAAGUGACGUUUAUUUCCCGGUCAUCAAAGUGAUUGGUUCUGUUCAAAAAGUAAAUUUUUUUUGACAUUUUCAGGUCUCUCUUUCUCCUUUUUUUUCUUCUUUAUUACAAUGACUGAACAAGAGUGGCCAGUGAAUAAAGUACGUUCGACCUUUAUCAAGUUCUUUGAAGAGAACGGACAUACGUUUGUGCCUUCUUCUUCUACCAUUCCUCAUGACGACCCUACUCUCUUGUUUGCUAAUGCUGGUAUGAACCAGUUUAAACCCAUGUUCUUGGGAACACUCGAUCCUAAUUCACCCUUGGCCAACGUCAAACGCGCCUGUAACUCACAAAAAUGUAUUCGUGCAGGUGGUAAGCACAACGAUUUAGAUGAUGUUGGUAAAGACACCUACCAUCACACCUUUUUCGAAAUGCUCGGUAAUUGGUCGUUUGGUGAUUAUUUUAAGAAAGAAGCCACCAAACUUGCCUGGGAAUUUUUGACCAAGGUUAUCAGUCUCCCUGAGGAUCGCUUAUAUGUCACUUACUUUGGUGGUGAUGAAAAGAUGGGUCUUCCUGCUGACUUGGAAGCUAAGCAGCUAUGGUUGGAUCUUGGUGUUGACGAAAAGCGUCUGAUUCCCGGUAAUGUCAAGGAUAACUUUUGGGAAAUGGGUGAAACUGGUCCUUGUGGUCCAUGCUCUGAGCUUCACUUUGACCGUAUUGGUAACCGUGAUGCUGCCAGUUUAGUCAAUAUGGAUGAUCCUAAUGUGAUCGAAAUUUGGAACCUUGUGUUUAUGCAGUUCAACAGAGAAGCCGACGGCACUCUUCGUCCUUUACCCAAUCAACACAUUGAUACCGGUCUUGGUUUGGAACGUCUCGUCUCUAUUCUUCAAAACAAAUACUCCAACUAUGAUACAGAUGUCUUCACACCCAUGUUUGAUAGAAUCAAGGAAUUCACAGGUGUUAGAUCUUAUACAGGCAAAUUGGGCGACGAAGAUGUCGACGGUAUUGACACUGCUUACCGUGUGGUUGCCGAUCAUAUCAGAACUUUGACCUUUGCCAUCGCUGAUGGCGGUGUGCCCAGUAAUGAAGGUCGUGGUUACGUCUUGAGACGUAUUCUCCGUCGUGGUGCUAGAUAUGUUCGCAAGUACUUUAAUGCCCCCAUCGGUUCCUUCUUUUCUUCUUUGGUCGAUACCUUGAUUGCUCAAAUGCAUGAAGGUUACCCUGAAUUGGCCAAGAAGGCCAACGACAUCAAGGCUAUCCUUGAUGAAGAAGAAGCUGCCUUCGCAAAGACAUUGGAUCGUGGUGAAAAAUUAUUCGAAGCAUACAUGAACAAGACGAAAGAGUCUGGAUCCAACGUGAUGUCUGGUGACGAUGUCUGGCGUUUAUACGAUACCUAUGGCUUCCCUGUCGAUUUAACUCGCAUCAUGGCAGAAGAAAAUGGAUUGCAAGUAAACGAGGCUCAGUUUGAGGCUGCUCAGGAAGCUGCCAAGAACAAGUCUCGUAAGGCUAGAGGUGGUGCCCUUGGUCAAGACACUGUUGCCUUGGAUGUCCAUGAUUUAGGUGCUUUGGAUAAUGACAGCAGUGUUCCCAAGACAGAUGAUAGUGCCAAAUAUUCACGAGGAAACAUUCAAGCCAAAGUGAAGGCCAUCUUCUUUGAUCACAAGUUCCUCAAGAAUACAAGCGAAAUCCCCGAUGAACGCAACUUUGGUCUCUUGCUCGACAAGACAAACUUUUAUGCUGAAUCAGGUGGACAAGAGUACGAUAUUGGUUCCAUCAUUACCUUGGAUGGCAAUACUGAAUUCGUUGUCGAGGACUGCCAACUCUACGGUGGCUAUGUCCUUCAUGUAGGUCAUCUCAAAUAUGGUCAAUUAUCUGUUGAUGAGGAUGUCGAAGUGUCCUAUGACGAAGAUCGUCGAUCACCCCUAAGACACAACCACACAGCUACACACAUCUUGAACUUUGCACUCCGUGAAGUGCUUAGUGAAGACAUUGAUCAAAAGGGUUCACUGGUUGCACCUGAAAAGUUCAGAUUUGACUUUUCUUAUAAAUCACCUGUUAACGUGAAACAAUUAGAACAGGUCGAAAACAUUUGUAACGAAUUUAUUGCCAAGAAUCAGCAAGUGUAUUCCCAGGAAGUUCCAUUGGCUGUUGCCAAGGCCAUCCACGGUUUAAGAGCCGUAUUUGGUGAAACUUACCCAGAUCCCGUUCGCGUUGUGUCUAUUGGUUUUGAUAUUGACGAAAUUGUACAAGACGUGUCUAACCCUAGAUGGAAAACAUCCAGUGUCGAGUUCUGUGGUGGUACUCAUGUUGCUAAAACAGGUGAUAUCAAACACUUUGUGAUUAUCGAAGAAUCUGGUAUUGCCAAGGGUAUCCGUCGUAUUGUUGCUCUUACGGGUGAAGCCGCUGUCCAGGCACAACGUGAAGCAGAUACCUUUGUGACCAAGUUGGAUAGAUUAGAAAAAUUAAGUGGUUCACAAUUAGAAGCUGAGCUCAAGGUUGUUUCAAAGGAAUUAGAUAUUGCCGUCAUUUCUUCAGUCUCCAAGGCAGCCUUCCGUGAACGCUUUGCUCAAAUCAAGAAAGCCUUUGAUAACGCUGAAAAAGUACGCAAGGCAGAACAAGUGAAAGAAGCUACAGAAAAAGUCAAAAAGUACUUUGAAGAAAAUCCUGAUGCUCCUUAUUAUAUUGCUGAAUUGCACGUUGGCAAUAACUCCAAGGCUUUGAGUGGUGCUAUUAACUAUGCCAAGACCAGUCUAAAAGAUAAGGCUGUUUAUGUGUUUAGUGCCGAUAGAGAUAGCGGUCGCGUUGCACACAACUGUAUUGUGGGCAAAGUGUUUAUCGAAAAGGGUCUCAAAGCUUCUGAAUGGGCUAAUAUAGUAUGCGAAAAGAUUGGAGGCAAGAAGGGUGGUAAAGAUGACGCUGCUCAAGGUUCAGGAGAUAACAUUGAUGGAUUACCUGAUGCACUAAAGGCAGCUGAAGAAUUUGCAAAGCUCAAGAUUAAUUAAAUGGUUUAAGACUAAAAAUAAAAAUAAUAAUAUUUGGCUAAUAAUGAAAAAGUCAUUUCUUUUCGUAAAAUGAUGUGAAUAAAUUGUUCAAUUGUUGAACAAAUUCAGUCUUUGACUUUUCAAUUAUCGAAGCAUAUAGAAUAUCGACAAGAUAGCACUUCUUUGCACUAUAGAACAAUUGUUGUCUCGUAAUGGUUGAACAAAUGACUUCUUGUGUAAUAUUUAGAAGUUAUUCAUACACUUUUAAACUUGAGUUAAGGGCAAAGAAGAAAGAGAUAGAACGCCAACGAGACUCUUGUACCUAUUUAUUCAAUCCAAAGACAAUAUACUGACAGCAUUAAUUAUUUACAAAUGUAUGCGAUAAAGUGUAGACUGGCUGCGAUAAGUAUAACGGAACAAUCUUCACAAUUUUUAACUUGCAAGGAAGGAUAAAUACGACAGCAUGAAUGUCAAUCUUUUCAUAUUUA